CCGUAGCCCCCUCUCCCACUAUAAACCCCAAACCACGACAAUUCACUACCACAACAAGACACAACACAAUGCAUAAGAGUCCCUCAGGUUCCACACUGGGCCCAGGUGGGCUCGACCUAACCCAGGCCUUCUUCAGGCCCAUAACAAACGCCGCACCACCCUCGCCAACCAAGCGCCAAACCAAGAUCUCCGUCAUCGGCGUCGGCAACGUCGGCAUGGCCAUUGCUCAGACCAUCCUCACUCAAGAUCUCACCGACGAGCUCGUCCUCAUCGACAACAAGGACGACAAGCUCCGCGGCGAGAUGCUCGACCUCCAGCACGCCGCCGCCUUCCUCCCCCGCACAAAGAUCUACGCCUCCGUGGACUACGCCGUCACCGCCGGCUCCGACCUCUGCAUAAUCACCGCAGGCGCACGCCAGAACGCUGGCGAGUCAAGGCUGAACCUGCUCCAGAGGAACCUCGCGCUGUUCAAGAGCAUUGUGCCGCCGCUUGCGCGGUACUCACCGCAGACGGUGCUGCUCAUCGUUUCGAACCCCGUGGACGUUCUGACCUACUUGGCGUGGAAGCUCUCCGGUUUUCCAUCGAAUCGGGUUAUCGGGUCGGGUACGAACUUGGACUCCUCAAGGUUCAGGUUCCUCAUCGCCGAUCAUCUCGACGUCAACGCUCAGGACGUGCAGGCUUACAUAGUGGGGGAACAUGGGGAUAGCUCGGUGGCUCUGUGGUCUAGCAUCAGCAUUGGUGGUGUUCCGGUUCUGAGCUUUUUGGAGAAACAGCAGAUAGCAUACGAGAAGGAAACAUUAGAGAACAUACACAAAGCAGUGAUAGACAGCGCCUAUGAAGUUAUCAGCCUCAAAGGCUACACUUCUUGGGCCAUUGGCUACUCUGUUGCUAGCUUGGCGCGCUCUAUUCUCCGGGACCAAAGGAAGAUCCACCCUGUUUCUGUUUUGGCAAAAGGCUUCUACGGCAUUGGCAACGAAGUGUUCCUCAGCUUGCCAGCACAGCUUGGUCGCGGAGGAGUGUUGGGUGUGACCAAUGUGCACUUGAAUGAAGAGGAGUUACAAAGGCUCAGGGACUCUGCCAAGACCAUACUUGAGGUGCAGACUCAGUUAGAUCUUUGAAUUUGUGUUCAUCCUUCUAGAAAGAUCUCUCCUCCUUGAAGUGCGCUGUGGUUUAUUAGCUAACUUAUUUUGUACUUUAACUUUGUUUUGUUUUGAUUUGCAUGGUUGUUACAUGUUAAUUUUGACCCUUGCGGUCCGUCGUUUAUGUUAAUUGAUACAUGUUAUUUCGGUC